UGCAUGGUGGGCGUACCUUACCUGCGGCAGACAUGGAUGGCGUGGAGGGGGCGACCGAGUGAGUGACACACCGGAUUGGCUGACUGACUGACUAACUGCUGGACGUACUGCUGGCUGGGCGAGGUGGUGUUUGAUGACGUGAUGUGUGCGCUGUCGUGACGUGAGUGAGGUCGACUGUUUGGCUGCCAAUUUGGCAUGGCAGGUGAAGAGCAGAGAGGCGGGCGAACGGGCAGGCGGGCGGGCGAUUGGGUGAGCUCUGUGUUGGCGGGAGGCAGGCCAGACAGAAGGGGUGGCUGUGAUGUUGUGUGGUGGGGUUGGUCGUCGGGCCCGGCCCGACUCGACUCAUGAGCGGCGUUCGCGCCACCCACUAGUGUCUGUUCCUUUCUGUCCUGAUUAGAGGUGUUUUAAGCCAGCCAUUUUGUGCACUAGCUAUAUAGAUGAGUAGAGAAGUCUCCGGCCCUCUGUCUGUGCUGUGGCCAUUUCAAUCGUAUACCCACCGUACUUUCCUUCCUGGACACGACGACACACGGCACACCGGCACAUAUUCUCUAUAUCAAUCAGGUCAGUCGAUCACACACACACGGACGAACGAGUGCAUCAGCAUCUGGCUAUAUAUGUGCCUAUCUCCCCGUGUGUGUGUGUGUGUGUGUGUCUGUGUCAUGUGACUUGCAGGUCACUGGUCAGGUCCUCAUUGCCUAACGAAGCCGACGUAUUCUGACGCCCUCUUCCUCCAUCAACGCUCCACAAGGUACGUAUGCCACACACAUGCACCGAAUAUGCCUUCGCCUUCACGUGUCUCUCUUCGUGUGUGUUUAUGCCAUUGGUUGCAGAUUUCCCUCACAGGCCGUCUCCAGCCCCCACGGGCCAUGGGAACUAGACGCGAUCCGCGGACCCACCGAUUUCAUCCUCCGUGACCUUGUGGAAUGGUUGGCUGUCCUUGGAGCCCACGGUCCCAUAACGAGUUGUGGCGAAGCUGAGAUCUGUUUCCCGCGGGUUGGCAAUAUCACGCCGAUACUGCUGCGCAACGUCCGAGUUGAAGGAUCAUCUAUCGAGGGGUCCGCAAGAGGCCUUCCUGACGCCCCUGAAGGGCCAGAUUGUCGAGUGGUAUCCGUCACACACCCCCGCCACGUCCCCUGACUCCCUCAUGUCUGCCGGCAUGGGCGGGCCCUCCUCGCCCAGCAGCCGGAAGGACAGCUCGCCCAGUGCGGCCAUGCAGCAGACACUCACGUCAUUCUGCCCGCCAGAGGGGCUGUGGCUCUAUCGCGAAGAGCAGGGGUGCCCCGGACCUGUCUUCUUCUCGACGGUGCUAUGGGGACUGUCGCGGCGGGCCUACGUGUGCUGCCUGAUGGUGUGGGAGCCGCGGGCAUGGCCGUGGGAUAUCGACCAUGGCGAGAUGCAGAGGAGCGGCUUGAUCGACGGCAUGGUCGCAGUGACGGAGGACUUGCUCGAGACAGCCCUGCGGGUGCCUCCAUCGUCUAUGUGCCGACGUGCCUGUGCUUCAUGACCCGGCAGCCGCUGAUCAGCUCCCUCAAGAGUGUCCUCUAUGAGCUCUACCAGCUGCAGCAGAGGACCGCCAAGGUGUCCUUCCUGCGGCAGCUGCUCAAGACACCCACCCGGCCAGCCCGUCGAGUGACCACUCUUCUGCUGCUAUUGAGAGCACCAUCGGCCGUCUCGUCGUCGACCUUAGCGGUGCUGGAUUGGCCCGGCCGUCAGUCAAGCUGCACAUCGGCAUCGGUGACACACACCUGCGGGCGAUAGAUCUGCCGGGCGGUCGCAGCAACGGCGGCCGGGAGCUGAGCUAUCGGGCGCUCUUCGCGUGUCUGAAGCUGGACCGCAUCGUCAACGUCUUCACCCUGCUGCUGCCGGAGAGGAAGGUGUUGAUGCUCUCGCGGCGGGUCUUUCUUCUGACCUAUCUGGCGGAGCCAGUGCCAAGGCCGGACGGCCUUGGCGGUGGCCUUAAUGCAGGCGCCGCCAUCUCGGCCCCCACGCCCCGGUGUGGAGCUCGAGGACGCCAUUCGUCCCGUCCAGAUCAUCUCCGGCGUGGCCCGUCGGAGCCGUACCACCGAGUCACCGCAGUUUGGCCGCUACCCCCUGCCUGCUGCCAAGGGUCCCCGCGCCGGUUCGUUGGUGUCGCUGGGCGAGCGAGACGAGCUGAAGCCGUUGGGAGAGCGCCAUUUGUGGUGAUGUCCAUGGAGACAGAGGAUGGCGACCAGGGCAACGGCGCAAAAGUCGUGCUGGAGGAGGAAGGUACGAGACCUACACACACAUACAUAUGGCGGAGGUCAUAUCAUCUCUUGUCAUGCUCUCAUGGCUGUCGUGUGUGUGUGCAGGUGUCGUGGGUUUGUGUCAGGCCGCCAGUGGGCCCUAGUCACUCGGUGAUCGACGGGCGAGGCCAUCCGGCAGACCCAUUGGUCACAGCAGCCCACGCACGAAGGCCAUUCGAGAGGUACGCACGUAUGACCACACGCAAAGGACGUGCUCAUCUCGCGUGUGCACAUACUUGUAUGUCUCUGUCUGUGUGUGUAUCUGUUGGUGUGUGUGUUUGUCUGUGUGUGUAGGUGGAGGCGAUUGGCUGUCUGUCUGGCUGGCUCGGGCAAGUCAUUCCUCCGGGAGUGCGUGCCUUCAUCGGCAAGUCAUUCCUCCGGGAGUGCGUGCCUUUCGGCAGCCCUUCUUCGCCACCACUCCAUCCCUGGUAAGUGAAACACAGCACGCGCAGACAGACAGAAAGACAGACCUACCUGCAUCUUGGAUGAAUGGACGGGUGCAUCUGUCUGUCUGUGUGUGGGAUGUGUUUAUGAAUGCAUUCAGGUGCCGUGAACGGCAAGCCCAGCACCACCGAGCCCCCCUCUGGAGGUGUGAGCGUAACGCCAUGCCCGUGUGCAGACGACCAGUGGGACAAGGGCGCUCGGCUGGUGUCGCCACCACCGCUGCUGCCUCAAGGGCACGACGUGGUUGUGGGCAGUGAGAUGGACGACGAGGCGUUCUUCGACGAGGCAGCGGAAGAUAUCAUGGCGAUCCUAGAGGACGCUGUCAUGUCUCCACAGGACAAGACCGCAGCCUCCGGCAAGGCCGACAGUGCCAGCCGGCCGGCGAGUGUGGUCGACAAAUGCGUGUCGCUGGACCUGAGUGAGGCGUCGCCCUCUGACCACGCCACACCCACACCUCCCCCAGCCAUCCCUUAUGCGACCAUCACCCCGGCCCCUGAUGUCGCUGAUGUGCCCACAGCCACCCCCUUUGACGACACAAGGAGACUGGCACCGGACGACGUGAUUGAGGGAGAGUCACAGCAGCCAUCGGCAGCUGUGCCGGAAGCGCCCAGACCCACACCCGUUUCAACUGUGGAUGCUGCCACGAGCGCGGCGCCGGAGCAGGCAACGGUCUCGACAAGCGCCCUCGCCGAGCCGACAGAGGCGCAAUCCAUGGCGGUCGAGGGCCCCGACAACAAGCCUGUGCGGGAACUGACUCUUAAAGAGGUCGAUCGGUUGCGUCUCGGGCAUGAGGACAUCGUUGUAUCGAGACUGGGCGGCCUCCGCACCAGCAUGUCGUUCUCCCUCCCCCCGUCUUCUUCCCCCCACCCCACGGCGCUCCUCUUCAUGCCGCGACGCCAUGGCCUCUCCCGUGUCGCCAUCUGACGAGGGCCAAUCUGUGCAAAGGAAUUCCUUUGAUGAUCUCACUGAGGAGCCCCCUGUGUACCAGCACGCCCCUGCUCCUACCGAUCCGCCUGGUGAUGACCAAGGGCAGCGGGAUGCUGGGGACGGGAGGGCUAGCGGCGAGGAGGGGAACGACCCGCCAGACGAUGUGCCCGCAGCGUCUGUGCCCUCUCCCCCGACGAGAAGCACCCCACCCACCACCCACCACCGACCACCCACCGCCACCACGAGAAGAGGCCCCCGCGCCGCCAUAUGUAGACAGACGGGGGAGGAUGGCUGUUUUUUGUUUUCCGUCAGCGGCCCUACCCGUUGCCUUUUCCUCUCCUUUCUUUUCGUCCCUCCGUAUGGUGCGGACACUGUUUUGUCGUAUUCUUUUCGUCCCUCCGUAGGGUGCGGACACUGUUUUGUCUUUUUCGUUUCGUCCCUCCGUAGGGUGCGGACGCUCCCUUUUCGUUCGUGUGCGUGGGUGUGGUGUGUCGCUGUCUACUGCCCGUCUGUCUACUUCUUAUGUGCGUCGGCGGUGUUCUCGUUGACCGAAACAAUCGG